GUGGAAACAAAGUCUUCCCUGGAUGCCUUGCUGCAGAUGUCAGUUGCUCAGGUGAGGGAAACCAUGCGAAGGCUGGGGUCCAGCUCAGAGGAAUGUGCCCGGCUCAGUGCUGCCCUCUCCUGUCUGAAGAGUGCCUCGGAAUCAGGAGGUGAGCUGAGGGAAGAUGACGUUCCCUGGAUGUCAGAGCCCUUCAGGAGGGACAGUGGCCCUCUCCUGACCGCGGAGCAGCUGACCGGACUGGGGACCCCGCUCCGCCCUCACAGUCCUUCGCCUCUCGCCCGCCCAUCAGCCGUCCACUCCACCCCAUCCACCCCCUGCGCCGUGUUCCCUCACCACCGCUCGGGCUCUGUGUCGGCGGUGCCCACGCCUGAUGGGCUGGCCACUGAGAGCCCUCUGACAGACCCGUUCCCCAUGGCCUUAUCCCACACCGCCCGUCUCCACGGGCGCACAUCCACCCCGCCCAUAACUCCGCCCUCCAAGAGGCGACACCGACUGAAGCCCCCCUGCACGCCUCCGCCUCCGUCCCGCAAAGUUCAGCACCUGCUCCCCAACAUCACCCUGACGCGCAGCAAGAGCCACGAGUCUCAGCUGGGCAACCGCAUCGAGGACCCCCCCACCAACAAGUAGGCGCUCAGAAAGCUGUUCGAACUAGACAUUAAAGAGGUUUUUUUUAAACGUUAUUUAUUUACAACAAUAUUGUUGCCUUCUUAAAGGG